AUGAACCCUGAGAUCUAUGGUGUAAGAGACUCCCGAUUCGGUGGGAAGGUCCAUCAUUAUCGAGGGAUCUCGUAUGCUACAAUCUCAGAUCGAUUUGCAAAGCCAACUCUUGACACGAAUUGGCAGAAACAAGGGCUGACCUUCAGGCAGUACGGUCCACGAUGCCCGCAACCAGCCUUCCCAAUGGAAGGCAGUAUGUGUUUACCCACGUCGAACCAGCAAGCCGCAAUGAUAGAAGAAGACGAGUUCACGUGUUGCAACCUCAAUAUAACCACCCCUGUAACGGACUCCAAAUCGCGAUGGCCAUUAUACCUAUGGAUUCACGGUGGGGGUCAGUCGGUAUCAUUCCCAUCUGCCCAGCAUCGGCUUGGUGAUACUGGCCCUCUGGUCGCUCAGUCAAUCGAGAUGAGGAAGCCGAUUAUCCUUGUCACAAUCAAUUACAGGCUCAACAUAUUUGGUUUUGCUGACCCGGAAGGUGUCAACAUAAACUUGGAUUUGCAGGAUCAGGCAACUGCAGUGAAUUGGGUGCAAAAAUAUAUCAGUCUAUUUGGUGGAGAUCCGGAAAAUAUCACAAUUGGUGGUCAAUCAGCAGGUGCUAUCUAUACCCAUGGUCUCCUCGCUAUGGGCAUCGGCCCCAAACGAGUGAUUAUGGCAUCUGGUUCGUUAUAUCUCACAGCUCCGCAGACUCGAGAUCGCGGUCUCAAACUGUUACGUUAUAUCGAGCAUCGCUUAAGCUCGGGUGAAUCGAAAGGCACCAUGUCAAACAUCUCUGCCAAAGAGGGUGACUUACUCCGCAAAGCGCCCGUCCACGCCAUUGUGAAAAUAUUCGAAGAAGCUAAAUUCUACAGUUGGUGGAUGUUUGAUGCUCCACUCGGCGACUGGAAAAACGACCUACGAGUAUUUGGCAACGUGGAGGCUGUACUACUCAGUGAUUGUAGAGAUGAGGGAAUCCCUUACGAGCAUCGACUGCGCCAAAGCACGAAAGCAGAAAUUUUGAACGCGUUCAAGGGCCUUUCAGGGUCAGAUUACACGACCCUCAUGAGCGCCUACGGUCUGGAUGCGACGCAGGCCGGCCAUGCCCAGUGCGUUACAAUGGCUACUGACUUCGUCAACGAUGCUCGCUACGCCCUGUGGACACAGGAAAUUUGGGGCCAGCUCCAGCCAGUCAAAAAGAAAGUGUACCUAUGCCACUAUGAUGAGGUAAACCCCUUCGGACCGUGGCCGACCCUCGGUUAUUCGGUCGCUCAUCACGCCGUUGAUCUUCUGGCCGCAUUUGGCGGCUACGACGCAGAGGUAAACGAUGCCACAAGAAAUGCCGGACGGCUGCUCCGUGGAAAAUGGAUUGAUUUCAUCAACGGUGACGAACCCUGGACUCCUGAUAUGGUCUACUGUAUCGGCCCGGAUGGAAAGAGUGGUCCGGUUCCAGCUGGAGAAAUUGGUCCAAGGAGAAGAUAUGCCAAUUUCGAGAUUCUAAAGCGAAUUGGUAUCGAUUCGCUGACCCACAUAUGGCAACAGCUGUUGCCAACUGAAGGGGUAGACACUGGAGAUUUAUGGAAAUUGUGA